AUGAAAGACGUUGCGGUGACAUGCAACGUGCCUGUGGUCUCAUACGAGGAUUUGGUGGCCAAGACAGACCUGUCUGCUACCAUUGAAGAGGCCUUUGGCUUCAAUGGCCUCGGAAUUCUUGCUAUCAGCGGCGUUCCAGAGCUCAAUGUCAAGCGAAGCUGUCUCUUGCCCUUGGCUUUCAAAUUUGCAAAUCUUUCGAGCAUUAUUAAAUCCAAGUACGAAUUGCCUGAUGCCUUUUACAGUUUUGGCUGGAGCCAUGGCAAGGAAAAUUUACAGGGUAAGCCGGACUACGCCAAGGGGUCGUAUUAUAACAAUCCAGAGACCAACGAUUUGACCAACGGUAACAAGGAGCUUAUUGCCAAAUAUCCAUCGUUCUAUCAUCCAAACGUCUGGCCAAUCGAGCUGCCUCGAUUAGAAGACGCUUUUAUGACUCUAGGCCAAUUGAUUGUGGAUACAGGGAUAUUGGUAGCGCACCAGUGCGAUAAAUUGGUGGAAAGCAGAUGCUCAAGUUACGAAAAAGGUAAAUUGCAUCGCAUUAUUAGCACAAGCAAAUGUUCUAAGGCUCGAUUAUUGCACUACUUCGCGCUUUCAGACGAGCAGAUUGCAACUCAAAUGAAAGCGACAACUCUCGAGGAAUCUUUUGCCUGGUGUGGAUGGCACAAUGAUCAUGGCGCACUUACGGGACUUGUACAAGCAAUGUAUAUGGACCCUAAUGGUGUAGAGAUACCGAAUCCAGACCCUGAUGCAGGAUUGUACGUGAAAAAUCGCCGAGGCGAGAUUGUCAAGGCUCACAUCCCAGUAGGACAUUUAGUGUAUCAAAUAGGCGAGACGUCACAAAUUCUAUCAGGUGGUAUACUACAAGCCACGCCACAUGCUGUACGAGGACCUCAAUUCAAAGACGUAAACCGGGAAACAAUGGCAGUGUUUAUGCAGCCGUUGCCUGAAGAGCGGAUGGCUAUGCUAAGAUGUAGCGAUUUGGACGACCCCGAAGACGCCGCAAAGACUGAAAAUUUGCCUAACGGUGUACCUUCACUUCUGUCUCGCUGGACAAACAACAUGAGUUACAAUGACUUUACUCAGGCCACCUUCAAGGCAUAUUACUGA